CAACAACAUCUUCAUCGGCUUCUGCAAUCAACGUCUACGCAACAUCGUCUUUUACCAUCACCGGCUAGAGCUACCGUAUCAAAUCCAUCGUUCUUCAGCAAUCCCCUUGCCAACCAUAGUGCCCCGGUGUUCGUCAACCGUCGUCACUUCGGUUCCUAAAUCCACACACACCUUUCCUCCUAUAGCGACGUCGAUCUCUUUGGAAGCACCACCAACUACAGUCACUACUUCUUCCACUUCUUCCGUAACAGCCACACCGCCACUCGUUGGUCCGACGUCCUCGUUCUUUUGACUCCCGAAAACCAACGUACUCGAUGGCGACUGUUUCAUCGGUUGCUCUGGCUCUGGUCGGGACCAUGACUUCCGACGCCGACGCACCCGGUUGGCUCACUAUCUUUAUCAUGGAUCCUUUCGGCCCCUGGUUCCGCGACUGUGCCGACUGCUGGAAACUCCUCCUAUUUUUCUGGGGUAUCAUCAUGCUCUUCUGGGGUAUCACCAUUCUCUUCUUGGGUAUCAUCAUGCUCUUCUUGGGUUUCAUCAUGGUGCUCUUCGUCUGGAUUUGGAGAUUCCAAGGCAGGAUCAGGGAUCUACAGGCCCAAAACCUAAGGCGCCAAGGCUUGAUCGGAGAUCGAGACAACGAACUCCAGGAUCUGAAAUCCAAAGCCCAAAAUCGAUAUGACGAAACCAGGAUUCUGCACACCGGGUGCCGUAUCUACGCCAAAGAGGCCCAGGCCCUAAAGAGGGAGAUCAAGGAUCUGAAAUCCAGAGCCCAAAAUCGAUAUGACGAAACCGGGAUUCUGCACACCAGAUGCCGUAACUACGCCAACGAGGCUCGGGCCCUAAAGAAGGAGAUCAGGGAUCUGAAAACGCGACUCCAGGAUCGACGUACGCGCAUCCAAAAUCAAGACGCGCAGAUUCUGGCCCUGCAUACCCUAUUCCAGGACGGCUAUACCCUGUUCCAGGAUGACGAUACUCCGUCCCAGGAUGACGAUACCCUGUGCCAGGACGCAAGUAGCGAACCCCACCUCCACGAUCAAGACACCCAACUCCAGGUACAGCAGCCCCAAGGCCCUGCUCGUGAAGGUCUUGAUCCGGCUGAGGAUCACGUCGAUGAAAUAGGCCAAGAUACUGAUGGUUGGAACAUUCAGCGAGUCAAGAAGGGCGGAGACACAAACUCUGCUCAUGAAGGUCCUGAUCUGGUGGAGGGUCAAGUCGAUGAAGGCCAAGAUUCUGGUGAUUAGACGACCGUGGCGCGACGCAAGAAGGGUAAGGAAUGCGUGUGCACGGAGUGGAGAUCAGGCAUCAUUUGUGUCUGUCAGAUCGCUCACUAUGUACCGCCGGUAAACCUCCUAUCGGCAAAAGCACACCAGUGGGGACAUGAGCGUAUUCUUCUCUAUACAUGAACUGUCUUAUGAAUGCAAAAUUGAUCGCACUGUUCCAGUACCAGCCUGAC